UUCUUCCCUCCUCGGGCGCCAGACAUGAGGUGCGGGAGGGACUACGAGUCCCGGCAGGCGUUGCGUUGCCCCGCCGGCUGCCGCCUCCCGGCUGCGGACGCCUGCGAGCAGGUUGUUGUUUUUAAGAGAGGCGUCACUGUGGUCGGAACUGUGACCGCCGCCACCGCGACAGUCAACGCAGUCGAGCGGAGGUGGCGCUAGUCUUUCAGACCUGAAAAAUGUCUGAAAAUUCCAGUGACAGUGACUCAUCUUGUGGUUGGACUGUCAUCAAUCAUGAGGGGUCUGAUAUAGAGAUGGUGAAUUCUGAACAUGGCACAGCCAGCGACAGCUGUGAGCUUGCUCCAGAAUGCACAUCUUUGGAGCAAGAGGAGCUGCAAGUAUUGCAGUCAGAGCAAGGAGAGAGUAGCCAAAAUGGCACGGUGUUAAUGGGAGAAACUGCUUAUCCAGCUCUGGAGGAAACGAAGUCAGCCCUUGAGAGAGAAGAAAAGUCGUCUGAAGACAAUGUCUAUUUUGGAACUGUCAGUGAUGAUUCUGAUAUUGUUACCCUUGAGCCACCUAAGUUAGAAGAAAUUGGAAAUCAGGAAGCUAUAAUUGUUGAAGAAGCACAGAGUCCAGAAGACUUUAACAUGGGCUCUUCUUCUAGCAGCCAGUAUACAUUCUGUCAGCCAGAAACUGUAUUUUCAUCUCAGCCUAGUGACGAUGAAUCAAGUAGUGAUGAGACCAGUCAUCAGCCUAGUCCUGCCUUUAGACGACGCCGUGCUAGGAAGAAGACUGUUUCUAGUUCCGAAUCUGAAGAACGGCUACUUCCCGAACAAGAAACCGAACCCUCUAAGGAGUUGUGUAAACGCCAGUUCAGCAGUGGUCUCAAUAAAUGUGUUAUACUUGCUCUGGUGAUUGCAGUCAGCAUGGGAUUUGGACAUUUCUAUGGCACAAUUCAGAUUCAGAAGCGUCAGCAGUUAGUCAGAAAGAUACAUGAAGAUGAAUUGAAUGAUAUGAAGGAUUAUCUUUCCCAAUGUCAACAGGAACAAGAAACUUUUAUAGAUUAUAAGUCAUUGAAGGAAAACCUUGCAAGGUGUUGGGCCCUUACUGAAGAAGAGAAGAUGGCCUUUGAAACUCAGAAAAAGAACCUUGAUACAGAAAAUCAGUAUUUAAGAAUAUCUCUGGAGAAGGAAGAAAAAGCCUUAUCUUCAUUACAGGAAGAGUUAAGGAAACUAAGAGAACAGAUUAGGAUAUUGGAAGAUAAAGGGACAGGUACUGAAUUAGUUACAGAAAAUCAGAAACUUAAGCAGCAUCUGGAAGAAGAAAAGCUGAAGACACACAGCUUCCUUAAUCAAAGGGAGACUCUUUUGGCAGAAGCAAAGAUGCUGAGGAAGGAACUGGAGAGAGAACGACUAAUCACCAUGGCUUUAAAGGUGGAACUCCAGCAGUUAAGCUCUAGUGAAUCAUACAGCAACCCAGACUCUCCCAAUGUAGUGACUGAAAAAAAGGAAAUAGAAAUCUUACGGGAAAGACUCACUGAGCUGGAGCAGAAGCUAAACUUUGAACAGCAGCGUUCUGAUUUGUGGGAAAGGCUAUAUAUUGAGGCAAAAGAUCAGAAUGUAAAACAAGAAACUGAUGGAAAAAAGAAAGGGAGCAGAGGAAACCAUAGGGCUAAAAAUAAGUCAAAGGAAACAUUCUUGGGUUCAGUUAAGGAAACAUUUGAUGCCAUGAAGAAUUCUACCAAGGAGUUUGUGAGACAUCAUAAAGAAAAAAUUAAACAGGCUAAAGAAGCUGUGAAGGAAAAUCUGAAAAAAUUUUCAGAUUCAGUUAAAUCCACUUUCAGGCAUUUCAAAGAUACCACUAAGAAUAUCUUUGAUGAAAAGGGCAAUAAAAGAUUUGGUGCCACAAAAGAAGAAGCAGCUAAAAAACCAACAGUCUUUAGUGAAUAUUUACACCCACAGUAUAAGGCACGUACACAAAACCAGAAUAAUAGAGGCCCUGCUAUGCAAAGAGAGGGAAGGAAAGAAAAGCCAAUUCACUUUGAAGAAUUUAGAAAAAAUACAAAAUCACAGAAAUGCAGUGCUGAGCAUGACUGUAGUGCAAAUUUUGAUUCUUUCAGAAAGUCUUGUUCUGGUGUAUUUGAAUGUGCUCAACAGGAAUCCAUUAACCUUUUUAAUAUGAAAGUGUUGAAUCCUGUAAGGAUAGAUGAAUUUAGACAGUUAAUUGAAAGGUAUUUAUUAGAAAAACUGGAUAGUUUUCGUCACUGGAAAGAACUUGAUCAAUUCAUCAAUAAGUUUUUCCUAAAUGGUGUGUUUAUACAUGAUCAGAAGCUCUUCACUGACUUUGUUAAUGAUGUUAAAGAUUAUCUUAAAGACAUGAAGGAAUAUCAAGUAGAUAAUGAUGGAGUGUUUGAGAAGUUGGAUGGAUAUAUAUAUAGACACUUCUUUGGUCACACUCUUUCCCCUCCAUAUGGACCCAGUCGACCAGAUAAAAAGCAACGUAUGGUAAAUAUUGAAAACUCCAGGCAUCGAAAACAAGAGCAGAAGCACCCUCAGCCACAACCUUAUAAAAGGGAAGGUAAAUGGCAUAAAUAUGGUCGCACUAAUGGAAGACACAUGGCAAAUCUUGAAAUAGAAUUGGGGCAGUUACCUUUUGACGCUAAAUAUUGAUCAUGAUUAAGUUAAAUUAGAAAAUGGUAACAGAAACAUGGAUGUUUUCUACAAUGUUUGGUGUUGAAACUAAAGUGAAAUUUCUUUGUCAUUUCUAAGUAUCAGUUUGAUGACUUUACAUUAUUACUCAGAAGCAUCAAGCAAAAGCUUACUAACUUGCAUUUUCCUGUAGUUUAGCUUUGCUGAAUUUUUUUUUUUUUUUUUUUGGCACUGGAAAUGUUCAACUGUAGUUUCAAGGAAGCCAGGCAUGCAACAGAUUUUGUGCAUGAAAUGAGUCUUCCUUUCAAUGUUUGAGCUUAAAGCAAGCUCAGAUCCUAUGACAAAGUGUAAUUAACACUGAUAUUUGUGUUAAAUUUGCAGUAGAGCUUGAAAAAAGUACCUUGUGAUGGGAUUUCAUCUUUAACACUUUAUAAUCUGACACUUGCUUCUUGUCUUUUUGUGGGUUCAAGAGCCCGCUGACUUAUGAAGAAUUUGCUGCCUUCUUAUGAGCUUGCUGACUUGUUCUCUUGUGAAAUUUCUUGCACAUCUGAAUAUUGUGGAAGAAACAAUAAAACUACACCAUGAGGAAAA